CUCAAAGGAAACCCGCAUCAGCGAUACUACUUUGCGCUUAUUUCCGAAAGCUCAUAUGCUGAGUUAGGGUCUAGAACGUUGAGAUGCUCCCGAACCACCUCAAGUCCACAAUGUUUCUCAUUGGGCCACUUUUAUGACACUAUGAGGCGACAAAGUCCAUUUAACUAUUCCAUUUGACGUAACUACACAUUAACCGUCUCUCGAACAUAUAAGUCAGGAGCAGGCAUCGAGGCCAAAGAGGUUCUUAUGAACAAUAGCAAGAUACCCAUCAGAUCAUACUUUCCUGAAGACGGAACCGCAUCGAAUCAAUACUAAGUACCAUCCCGAAGUUACAUCAGCAUUACAACUACCUUACUACACUACUGUUCAACGCCCUCUAAAGAUGGCAGACCAACUUCCCCAACAGAUGCGCGCAGCAACCAUCAAAGACUUCAACAAAGGCUACGAAGUAAAAGACGUAAAAGUCCCCGCCGAACUCGGUCCAAACGACGUCCUCGUCAAGAUUGCUGCCGCAGGCUACUGCCACACAGAUCUCCAAGUCCAGCAGGGCGUCUACGCCUCCGCCGGCGCGAAGCCAGGCCUCGUCGGCUCCCACGAGCCCGCUGGCACCAUCGUCAAGCUCGGCUCCGAAGCAGGCAAGCAGGGCCUGCAAGUCGGCGACCGCGUCGGCUCCAUAAACACCUACGGCUGCUGCGGCAAGUGCAACUCGUGCAACCAGGGGAAGCAGGUCUGCGAUAACCUCGUCGGCAUGCUAGGACUGACCCUCGACGGCGGAUUCGCGCAGUACAUGAAGGCCGACGCCCGUGUCGUGGCCAAGAUCCCCGAGUCAAUCCCCUGGGCCGAGGCCGCGCCUUUAUUCUGCGCCGGUGCGACGGUCUACGGUGCCCUUUGUGCCGCGCAGGGUCAAAGAGACCAGUGGCUUGCCAUUGUCGGUAUCGGCGGCCUGGGACACCUCGGUGUACAGUAUGCCAAGGCAUUGGGAUACAAGGUCAUCGUCAUCGACAACAGACAAGAAGGUCUCGACCUAGCCAACGACGUGCCCUCACACCUGAAUCCCGAUCGCACGUACCUAAUCGACACGGACGAGUCUCAGAAGAAGGUCGUCGAAGAGCUCCAGACUUCAUUUUAUGAUACCAACCCCGGCGUCGACCGCGUCGUCAUCACAACCGAGGCACGGCCGCUCGUCAGGUUCGGACAGCAAUUCUUGCGCAAGGGUGGUGUCCUGGUCGAUGUCGGUCUUCCUGCCGAUGGACCUUUCGAGGUCGAUCCCUUCGCGCUGAAUUUCAAGGAGCAGACUGUUCGUGGUGCGUUGAUUUGCACUCCUGAACGGAGCAGAGAAAUGGUUGAAUUGCAUGCGAAGAAUGGUUGCAAGACGCACAUUGAGAAGACGUAUGGUGUCGACCAGGCCAAUGAGAUGGCGGAACACUACUUGUCUAAGCAGCUUAAGGGUCGUCUGUGCAUGGUUUUCUAGAGGGCUAAGAGAACAAGACAAGGCAUGAGCUGGUGUAAUGAUAGCAGUUUGUUGAAUAGCAGAUGAGCGAUGAG